AUGGCGAUUGAGAUCGAGACGGCCUCGAGUGCACGACAGGCGAUUAGUACUGGCGAUGCUGCCAAGGCCGAACUGGCCGACACUGGUAGCGGCAUGGGCAAGUCGUGCAGCGCGAAGUCGAAGCGCAGAGACGACACGGACCUGGAGAACAGUCCGAAUCCGGUGCUGCAGAGCGCAGUAUUUGCACUCAAGAAAACGGACAUAGUGCAGCUGAACGAGCAAGGGAUACAUGCCGCCGCACAUUUCAUUCAUGGUCGUCUUCAGACAGAGUCCUAUACGCCUCGCACCUGGCACACACAUCCACUGCACCUGCUUCCCCCUGAGCCCUAUUCACCGGCCGACCCGUCCACCCGCGCCUGCCUCGACUGGAUCUUCCUCAUCUCCUCGCUUAACUUCAGCUUUUGGUCGGAAAGGGAGGGGUUCCCUGAUCGGUACGGAGUGGACUGGCGCACUGGGUGGGGGAGCGAAGAGAGGAAGGUGCACACUGGGUACUGGGCUUUGGUUGCUGCCAUUAACAGAGCGAUUGAGGAAGGCAUCCCUAUCACCGACUCUGGGUUCUACUCGUCAAGCAACGAGUGCCCGGAUGGUGUAAUCGAGCACGUCUUCAGACCGGCCGCACAAUGCAGUGAGACGAUUCCCCUCCUGAGGGAGCGCAUUGCCAUCCUGCGAGAAAAUGGCCAGAUUUUGCGCAAGCGUUUCGGAGGCUCUUUCCAAGGCUUCUGCGACGCAUUCUUACGGAAGUACAACGGCAAGGGCACAAGCCUGCAGCUCGCUCAGAUGAUUGUUGACACCUUCCCCUCUUUCCGGGAUGAAGUCGUCUUUGAGGGGCGAAAGGUGUGCUUCUGGAAGCGCGCACAGAUUCUUGUGGCGGAGACCUGGGCUGCAUUUUUCCCAGCCGAUGAUCAACCACAUCCUCUCUUUCCCGUGGACGGCGCCAUCAGCCAAUUGACGAUGUUUGCCGACUACCGUGUCCCGCAAAUCCUCCACCACCUACGUAUGCUGGACUACCCACCGUCGCUGGCGAAGAAGCUUCUGUGUCACGAACCGUUCGCUCCGGCCUGCCAAGAGGAGGUCAGCAUCCGUGCUGCCAGCAUCGUCGCUGUGGAGAGGGUCCGACAGGAGAUACUGUGUCUCAAUCGACACCCAAGCAAGAGUGUGCAGACGAGGGACGAAGUGAGUAGCGUAGUGAUAGACUUCUACUUGUGGGAUUUGGCCAAAAGGAUUGAGGGUGGCGAAGAUAUCGUCGAGGAGAUAGACACGAACGAUCCGUUGCCCAUACACCGGACGAGGAGUGUCUGGUAUUGAUUUCAUACAAAGUAUCGUACUUGCUGGAUAUCAUACAUAACUUAGUCGUACUCGUACAUCGUAUCAUAUUGCAUAUUACUGCAGGAGGAUUGAAGUCGUCGGAAGAGGGGUCAAAAGGAGGACCUCCGCGUGCUGCCUCAGCCAGCAUGCGUGCAUCGUCCGGCCGUCUGCCUUCAUACAGAAGUUUCGUCAUGUUGCGAUUUCCGUCGCAAGGAGCUACCAGCUUCUCCAGUUGCUAAGGCCGAAUGGGAGCGUCCAUCCGACAUUGCGUAGGUUUCAGUGUCAUCGUCAAACCAUUCCAGCUCAUCCCCGCGCUCCGUGCCAUCAUCGGUAGAGCUUCCUGCUACUGCAGAUCCAAAGUUGCCCAGGGCACUCGUGAAGCGGAUGUCGGACAUGUGUGAGGUUUGUUCGGUCGUGCUGUCGUUAGGGU